AUGUCAAGCACAGGAUUUAUCGUGAAUUUCAUGUUACGCAUCAAUAUAUCUAUAGCUCUUGUGGAUAUGAUAAAAUCAGGUGAAUUUGUUGACUGGGGCGCCUUUGAAAAAAACCAACUGUUGGCUAUAUUUUUGUGUGGGUAUGCACCCUCGGGAUUCCUAGGAGGACGACUGGCAGAAAAGUACGGAACACGACUUGUUUUUGGCAAUGGCAUUCUUAUGGCGAGUAUUUUAACAAUACUGUUUCCACUUGCUUGCAAGAUGCAUUUUUAUAUGGCCCUUAUAAGUCGUUUACUUGUGGGUGUAUGUAUUGGUGCCUCCUUUCCAGGGGUUUUAACCAUAGCAGUAAACUGGAUACCUCCAUUGGAUAGGUCCAAAUUUACGUCAAAUAUGGCAGCGGGGGGUUUGGGUAUGGCAAUCACAUUGCCACUAUGCGGGUAUCUUAUAACUUACCUAGGCUGGAAAAGUGAUUUUUACGUCACCGGAAGCAUAGGUUUUUUAUCAUGCGUCACCAUCCUUUAUACAAUGUCAAUAACAGGAAUUAUGGUGAAUUUUAUGUUACGCGUCAAUAUAACCAUAGCUCUUGUGGACAUGACAAAAUUAAGUGAAUUUGUUGACUGGGGAGCCCUCGAAAAAAAUCAACUGUUGGCCAUAUUUUUCUGGGGGUAUGCACCCUCGGGGUUCAUAGGAGGACGACUGGCAGAAAAGUAUGGAACAAGACUUGUUUUUGGAAAUGGCAUUCUUAUGGCGAGCAUUGUAACAAUAUUGUUUCCAUUUUUUUGCAAAAUGCAUUUUUACAUGGCCCUUAUAAGUCGUUUACUUUUGGGUGUAUGUCUUGGUGCCACUUUACCAGGGAUAUUAACCAUAGCAGUAAACUGGAUACCUCCUUUGGAUAGGUCAAAAUUUACGUCAAAUAUAUCAGCAGGGAGUUUGGGUAUGGCAAUUACAUUGCCUCUAUGCGGGUAUCUUACAACUUACCUAGGCUGGAAAAGUAAUUUUUACGUCACCGGAAGCAUAGGUAUAUUAUGGAGCUUCAUAUGGUUCUUUACUAUAUACGAUUCCCCAGAUACCCACCCUAAAAUAUCUAUUGAAGAAAAAAAUAAAAUUAAACACGAGAUGCAGUUGGCAAUGGCUAAUAUAGGAAGGAAACCAUCAAAAGUGCCUUGGAAAAGAUCCUACAUUAUGGCAUGCAUAGGAUGUUAUUUAGCAGACAAGCUACGAAAAAACUUGAUUUCGACCAAAAAUAUGCGCAGAAUAUUUGUCGUUAUUUCAUUUUAUAUACCAACAAUCCUGCUGUUGGUUGUAGCCUUCUGUAGAUUCGAUCCUUUAGUAGUUGUAGGUCUUCUGACUUUAAUUAAUUCUAUAAGAGGUUGCGCAUCAGCAUCCUAUUUAUCAAAUAUAAUGGACAUAGGUCCAAACUACUCUGGCACGAUUUUAGGCAUUCUUUUGGUGGUUGCUUCGUUCAGCGGUUGGCUUGGUAAUCAAAUGGUGGGUUUUUUGACCAAGGAAGGCAGCAAUUUUGAAAGUUGGCAGACUAUUUUUGUCAUUAUUUCUGCAGUUAAUAUCGCUGGAGGUUCUAUUUUUAUGAUUUUUUUGUCUGGAGACGUGCAAAAGUGGAACCACGUGGAAAAAGCAAGUGACCCAGAAAUGGUGCCAUUAAAUUAA